CUGUGCUGUAGACAAUUUACUGUCAUAUUAUUACAUGCAAUCGUUUAAUUGAUUAGUCUUCAAUCAAUUCUUUGAUAUUGAAAAAAGAUUCCUAUUAAAUUUUGCAAUUUUCAUAUUGCAUUAAAUCAGAACGUAAUAAUUUUGUUUUGUGCUUAUUAUGAUCUAAAUAAAAAUUAAAAGAUGGCCACCUUAAUUCAAUCUUAUGAACAACAAUAUUCAGUGCUUACAGCUGAUAUUACAGCUAAGAUUGGACGCUUGAAAUUGGGAAAUGACGAUAACCGAGAUCAGUUGACGAGAGAAAUUCAAGCUAAUUUUGAUGAAGCUAAUGAUUUGUUAGAACAACUGGAGCUGGAGUCCCGCGGCGCAGGUGCCGGAUCGCGCGUGGGUGCCUACCGCGCCGAGCUGCAGCGUGUCCGCGAUGAAUACCGCUUAGUCAUCAGCAAUUCUGCAUCAUACAAUAUGGAGUCGGAAGACAUAUAUGACGAUUGGAGUGGCGUAAAUGAGCAGCACAGGAAACUGCUCGACAACACCGAGAGACUGGAGCGCAGCGGCAAGAAUUUAACAGAGGGGUACCGAGUGGUGCUCGAGACGGAACAGAUUGGAGCUGCUGUGCUGCAGGACUUAAGUGUGCAAAGGGAAACUAUACAACGAUCUAGAGGACGGUUGCGCGAGACCGAUGAACAGCUGAACCGAUCGUCGCGGCUCAUGAACUCGAUGAUAAUUCGGGCACUGCAGGACCGGUUCAUCCUGGUCAUGGUGUUCCUGAUCCUCGGCGUCCUGAUGUGCGUGGGCCUUUAUUUCUCGUUUCCCUAGCUAACGGCUCCCCUGUAUAUCCUCAUAGACUUUGAGAUAACUCAGUGGAUAUACUACCUUUAUGUGGUGUGUACUAAGUUGUUAACGCUAGGACUCCGCGUGUUUGUAUUCAGACAUUAUAUACUCGGAUUCCUCUAUAAGUAUAAACUGUUGCAGAUAUUCUAUUAAGCCGCUUGAGAUUAUGUUCCUUAGCUUGUACAUAGAAUCAUCGAUGUAAUUUAAUCUUUAUGUCUUUGUGUAUAAGGUGCUACCAAAUUAUCUGCACUUUUUGCUUUAACAGAUUGAAAACCGCGUUGAAAAAUAUUAUUUCUCACAUUGUUUUUUUAUGUAUUUUAUUUUUUAAAUAAGUUUUUAGUGUACAAUAAUUUGAUGUAGACAUUACUUGACUCCUAAAUUUAUUUCAAUGCCAACGAGUGAUCACCCGGUCUCAACGUGUAAAUUUACUUUCGUUAUCUGUUACUGUCCCACCUGUGGGCAUGCGGUCUUUAAUGUGUUAAAGCAUUGUUAGUUGAACGGAGCGCGAAACGAUUUUAGAGAUCAGAUUUGGACUCUUUGUAAAUAUACUCCUCAUAAACCGCUUGAUCGAUCGAGACCAAAAUUUCAUAGAAGGUCGACGUUUAGGCCUCCAUCGUUUACCACUCAAAAAAAUUCGGUCAAUAUCAAGUUUUUAAGAAACGCGCUCCGCUCAACAUGUUACACCAGUAACAAACCUAGUAUAUAUUACUUUAUUAAAGGAAUAUUGUCUUGGUAGUAUUAAGAAAAAAAAUCGGUCGAAAAUUUCUUCACUGCAUGUAAAUAGGUCUUUAUUUAGGUUCUAAACCCAUGGAUCCCUUAUA